AUGGAACCAGGCAUCUCCCGGAUGUUAGGGCUGCUCUGCUCUGUCCAGAUGGAGAGACCAAGGCCCAGAGGAGGUGCCCCUCCACAAUAUGAGCUUUUCUCUCUCUGCCCUCCUGGUCUACUCGCUGCCCUCAGUUUGAGCACCCCCUGGUGGAGGACCGAAUUGGGGACAGCUCUGCGGGAGCCCCCUCCCAGCCAACCUUCUUGGGACCCAGAAGGCCAAAUUCAAGCUAUCAACUUGAUGUCAUUGAACAUGGAGUUGAGAAGAGAGACACAAAGUCAGCUGUCAAGAGCCACAGCGAGUGGGCUCCGGGGCUGUCGGCCUAGGCAGAGACGUGACAAGAGGGAUCCAUGGGAUACUGGGUACAAUCCAGUAGCAGGGCCUAUGGGCCCUGGGCACGGUGCUUCUCCCUGCCUCACAGGCCUUCCAGGAUCUCCAUUCGUUCACACUUCCAUGCUCCUGCUGGGCAGCUGGCCAGAAGCUCAGGGCAGGUGUGACUACAGCCCAGCUGUGACUGCUCUUCUUGGUCAGGGCAGCCUUUCCACCUUGGUGCUCCCUGCCCCUGUGAGCUCCCUUUUGCCUCCAGGGAAAAAGUUUAGACUUCUUAGCCUGUUGGACAAGGCUUGCCCCCAACCCGGCGCUGCCUUCUUUUCUUGCCAGUCAGAUCCUCCGCAGUGUCGAUGCCCAGAUGACCUCCAUUCUAACUAUCUCACAAACAUGCCUUACUCAGCCCUGGCACCACACCUUUGCAUGAGCUGUUGCCUUUCUGGAAUGCCAUUCCUCUGCUUUUCCAAGGAUGGGGAGGACCCUUGUGCCUCCAGGACUGGCUCAGGAGCCCUUCCUGGGGCCAGCUGUGCCCGGCUGCUCCUGCCCAACUGGCCCCCUUCCCCCUCUGACUUGAAUUAUUGCUGUCGGGAUCUGCCCAUGUUGAUUCGAGCUCGCUCGAGACUUCUCAACAUCAGCACCAGCGACACUCGGGGCCUGCUAAUUAUGGGGGCGGGGGCUGUCCUGUGUAUCAUAGCAGCAGCCCUGGCCUCUACCCAUUAG